AUGUCCGACCACCAGCAUCCCGACCAGCCUCUCCAGGAGCUCGCCACCGCCGCCCAGCUCGACGAGGAACUCGAGCAGCAGCAGCAAAAGGAGCAGGAGCAGCGUCAGCAGCAGCUCCUCCAGCAGCAACAAGCUCAGCUCGAAGCACGUCGCCACGCAGAGACCCUCGCUGCCAACGCACAUGCCGCCAGUGCUUCCAACAACGUCCUCCUCCCCCUUGCCGGCGCUUCGACAUCCGACCACCUCUCCUCCAGCUCGCUCGGCGACGUAGACGCCGUCAUCGCCGCCGCCGUCAACGCUUCCAAACAGCAUGCUGAACAAGAAAGGCGACAGGAGGAGGAGCAGCGCGCCGCACAAGAGCAAGCCGACAAUGCCAUGGACGUCGGCACACCCCCACACGCCCAGCCACAACAUGCGCAGCCAAGUCAAGCACCUGACACGGCCACCUCGGCCGGCGCACACGCUCAAUCCGACAUCGAUCCGUCCGGCGCCAUCGCAGACUCUUCCAGGCCGCAUGCCCACGCCAGCGGCACCGAUGCACACAGAUCCAUGCACCACCCCGAAGAUGCAGACACCUCCAUGAUCACCGACGCCGGCUCGCCCGUCAAGCAAGACGCCGAUGCCUCCAUGAGCAUCACCGGCACGCCCAAGCCCAAGAAGGAGCGCGCCAAGCCCAAGCCGCGCUCCAAAUCAGCCACCAAGAUCACGCGUUUCCGCAAGAUCACCAGCUGCCUCCAGUGCAGAGAGAAGAAGCAGAAGUGCGAUCGCAUCAAGCCCAUCUGCACCAACUGUCGCGAAAACCCCACCGACGACCCCUGCCACUACGUCGACGACCGCAAGCGCCCCGGCUCGGACGAAGACGACUUUGCCGGCGACUCGUCAAUAGGCUCGCCCAUGGUGCGCAAGCGCAAGGAGCCCGAAGACGCCUUUGGAAGCACCAACGGCCGCAUCUUCAAACGCGCCGACUUCCCACGUCUCGACGACCGUCGCCAAGCCGUCAUGGUGCAGACCCGCCGCGAACAGGUCGAGAAGCUCGAGCUGGUCGGCAAGGACCGCUCGCGCGACUUCAACACGCGCGUCAACGCCGCUCGCGCCGCUGCCAUCGCAGGCGUCCUCUUCGAGAGCGCCAUCACCCUCCCCACCGCAGACGAGAUCUCGGCGCUGCUCUACACCUUCAAGACGCAGGUGGAGCCCUUUGUCAAUGUCGUCGUCAUCGACAUCAACAUCGCGCGCAUCCAGAGCUUCUUGCGAUGGUGGCACUCCAAGCCAACCACCAUGCCCGCCGAUCCGCCCCUCGUGCCUCUGCUCCUCGUGCUUCUCGCCCUCACGCUCCAGGUCAAGAGGAACUCGCCCGAACACGAAGGUCACAAUCUUCGCAACUUUGACCCCAUCCCGGGCGCCCAGUGCUCCGACGAGCGCACCCUGCUCAGCGUCGCUGGCCACUGCAUCGAUGCGCUCCAGAUCGCCUGUCCCUCGGCCUGGUCCAGUGCGUUCCAGGCUCCCAUCGAUCUCAUCAAGGCGUCGCUGCUGCGUGGCAUCUGGCACCUCAACGAGCUCAACUUGCAAUUCGCCGGCACCUGCUUUGCGCUCACCACCCGACUCGCCCAUGCUGCCGGUCUGCAUCGAGAUCCCGAGCACUGGUCUGGCAUGCGCAUCGAGGAGGCGCAGGCGCGCAGGAACCUCUGGUGGAACAUCGUGUUUUACGAAGUCGCACACGCUCAUCGCAUCGGACAGCCUCCCUGUCUCACGCACGAGGGUUUCGACACCCGGUAUCCCGACGACUACGACGCCCUCUACGCCAUGUACGAGCGAGCCGGCCUGGCUGAUCCCGACCCGAGCCGCAUCAUCUUGCCGCCCGGUGCCACCGCCUUGGUGCCGCGCGUGCCGAGCCAGGCCAACUUCGACUAUCACUGGUCGCGAUUCCGCAUCUACCACAUCUUCCUGCGCCAGAGCCAACAGCUCUUCCGCUUCGGCAUCUCGUCGCCUCCGGACCCGAACCUCAACGACGAGUACGCAAAAUGGCGCGAGAAUCUGCCCGACAAGCUCAAGCAGCACUUUGAACGACGCUCCAAGGGCUCGGUCCGUCCGAGCGACGAGCUGUUGGCGCAGGUGGCUGCACAGUCGUUCGACAAGGGCGUGUACGAUCCCAAGAUCACCGAGGAGCUGCAGGACUAUCAGCAGGCAUACAGCCUCGAGUUCAUCUACAACCAGUGCAUGAUCACGCUGCACCGCCCGUACAUCGACGAGCAGGGCGCGUGGAAGCCGCCCGAGUCGGUGCAGAAGUCGCUGGAGGUGUGUCUGCAGUCGGCCGAGGCGCUCAUCAGCACGGUCGAGGACGUGCUGGCGGUCAAGCCCGCCAACAGCAUGUACAACCAGUGCGCGUACUUUGCCUUCAACGCCGGCCUCAUCCUCGCCAUCCACUGCAAGCUCGACCCAAGCUCGCAGGUGCACCGCCCGCACAUUGAGAAGGCGCUGCACCUGCUCGACGAGCUCUCGAGCAUGCUCCGGCUCACCAACGUCGCCGAGCAGGCGGGCAGGUACAGCUCCACGCUCAAGCAGAUGCUGCAUGGCAUCGGAGGCGACAUUGCGAGCCUGGCGACGAGCAAGCCGGAUGGCUCGGCGGCUGCGGCGGGCACGGGUGCCAACGGCGAAAGCAUCGCCGAUGCCAAGAGCGCCGAUGGUGCACGCGCGUCGGGCAUCAUGGGAGCGAUCGAUCCGUCGCUAGGCGAGUCGGAAGCCAAGGACAGCAACGACGACAGCGCUCGCACGGACGUGGAUGGCGGACCGGAUCGAAUCCCUGCGUUUUUGCUGCCAUUUGUGGGACUUCCCACCGACCCGCACAACCUGGGUCCGCAGACGGGCAACUCGUACUGGAACGAGGCGCUGCUCGACCGGCCGUUGGUGGGUGUGCCCGUCGCAUAUCCUGUGGGCUUUGGACAGGGCAUUCUGAACCACAGCGAGCAGCACAACGGCAGCGCCUGGGCUACGGAGCAGCAGCAGGGCGAGGUCGAGAGUGGCGGUGCGAGCGGGCUGCCGACUGGCGCGGAGGCUCAUUCGCAGGCGCAUGAGGCGACAGACGCUGGUGCUGGAACAUCGGGUGUCGAGGGUGGCGAGGUGGGCGAGUCGUCGGAAGCGUACAACCUGUACGAGCUGCUUGGCGGACGCGAGCUGGGGACCGAGAUGCCGGAUCGACCCAUGUCGUUCUCGCAGCACUACAACCACCAAAACCCGGGACGUGGCGAUCAGGCUUCGUCGGCAUCCUACCGCACGUAUGUGCAGAACUCGCUGGCGCGCACGUACGAGCAGCAGCAAGCCAAGGCCGGCACGGACAAGGCCGAAAACGGUCUGGCCGACGCCAUGCCGAGCGAAAGUGCGCUCAACGCCGUAGCCGCAGCAGCUGCAGCCGCCGCCGAGGCAGAGGGCAAAGAGGCUCUCGACCCUGCAGCCCAGGGUAACAAUCUGGCAGGCAUGUGGUAUGCCUGGGAGAACUUCUCCCAGAUGCUCAACAACCGCCAGUAA